UACGAAACUUUAGCUCAUCGGUCAUGGCAAAGAGUAAAUUUGAGUAUGUAAAAGGCUUUGAAGAAGACAGGAAAUGCUUACCAAAUUGUUGGAUAGUUGUACGCAUAGACGGAAGAAGUUUUACACGAUUUUCUGAUGUUCACAAAUUUGAAAAGCCAAAUGAUCGUAGAGCAUUGGAACUAAUGACUCGUGCAGCCUCUUAUGUUAUGGAGGAAUUAAAGGAAAUAAGUCUCGCUUUCGGCACUAGUGAUGAAUACAGUUUCAUUUUCCGGAAAGAUGCGCAGCUGUACAACAGGCGACGGGAUAAGAUAAUGUCCACUGUAAACAGCCUCUUUUCCUCUGCUUUUGUUUUUCAUUGGACUAGCUUUUUUGGUUUUGUGAAAUUAUUAUAUCCACCUGCAUUUGAUGCUAGAGUAGUAUUAUAUCCAACUGAUGCUAAUUUACGCGACUACCUAAGUUGGAGGCAAGCUGAUGUUCAUAUCAACAAUUUGUACAACACAGCAUUCUGGACCUUAGUAAAGAAAGGGAACCUCACCCCACAACAAGCUCAAGAACGCUUGAAAAACACCUUAGCAUCUCACAAAAACGAAAUUCUCUUCAAGGAAUUUGACAUUAAUUACAACAAUGAACCUCCACUUUUCCGAAAAGGUACUACAUUGGUGCGAAAAUUAGUGCAGACUCCUCCUGACAAUAAAUUGAAACAGUUCAUUAUCCCCCUCAAUGUGGAUAUCAUUGGAGAAGAAUUUUGGAAAGAGAACCCAGAGAUCAUAGGUAUGAAAUCAAUCCAAAUUUAUUCCAAGAAAGGCGAUGAAGUAGGUUAUAUGGUAUCCAGCAAGCUACCUACCACCCAUGAAAACAUCGAGCCUACCGUCCCACAGAACCAAGAGCCAUCGAGUGCAUGAAGUUGCAAAUAAGUAAUUUUCUCUAGUUCAGAGUUCUUCUCUUACCUUAAAGGAAAGGGCCUUAUGAUACAAGGUAUUGGUAUUUCAUGAUAAUUUAAGAUUUCUAUCUUUGAAAUUCUAUCUAGAAAUUGUAGGUUGAAUCUGUUCGAAAAUUGCACUAAAUUUUAUCGGCAGCACAAAGAAAAUUCGGUGUAAUUUUCGGACAGCUUCGUUGAACAAUUUCUCUGUUAAAAAAUAUAAUGGCGGCGGAAAUUUUUAAACGUCGCAUGGCGCUUGUGAUACUUUGCCUGGAAGGUGACGAGAUAACCUCUAGAAUAUUUUUAAAACUCAAAUUAAAGCUAGCUUUUUGUGUGUAUAAUCUUAAUGUGGCUGGGGAGGAUGAUGACAUCAGCAAUGUUUUAUUGUUUUACAUUUUACCAGCAGUUUCAUGAAAACUUAUGAAUUGGAAAGAUCCAAUGUUGACUUUCCUUCAUAUUUUGAUAUCACUGGAGACAGGACUUAUCCUCUGGGUUUCUAUUGGCUAUGGCCUUGAUCAUGCUCAGUGGAUAAUUUUUUCCCGUCACUCAUCAUCACCUUCUGACCAAAGUAUUUCAAGCAACAUUUGAACUUCGACGCUAUGUCUCCAGACAUCUUAGUACUGUUUUAAUAUUGCCUUAAAACUUUUGCACAUACUUUCAUGAAAGUUGAGGGAUUAAUGUUGAUAACCAAAUAAAUAUCAGGCAAACUUGUUUUUAAAAUUUCAUUAAAAUUGCUGUUCACAAGUUUUUGCUAAAAAAAUUGGAAAAAGUUUAAGAAAUUUGGCAACAUAAUUCCGAAGCACAAAUGAUGCUUGUGAUGCUUUGGCAAGAAGGUGACGAUAUGUGAUUGUAAGCACAGUUUGCUGAUAUUGUAAGAAAGUGAAUAUUUUCCGAAAUUUUCUUAUACACAGCUUAGAAUUGUGCUUUAUGUAAUAAGACUAUACAAAGUUUCACUAUACUGUUUUCAAAACAGUUGAUUGUUAAUUUCAAUGAUUUUUCGUAAAGGCGAUAUCUUUAAUGAAGUCAUUUAUCAGUGUCAGAACAGUUAGAAUCUUGAGUGUCUUUCAGUCAAAUUUUGUACCUAUUUUGAUGAAUAGAAUUAUUUUGGUGAAAAAAA